AGCUCCCGGUGCCGCCGCCGCGGGAGCUGCCCGCGCCCCCGGGGCUGGAGACACCAUGAGCCCGGGCAAGUGACAGCGGGGACUCGCUCCGGUGCCCAGAGGUCGGAGAUGACCAAGACGUAUGCCAAGCCCAAAGAGAUGGCAGAGCUUGUGAGCACCCAAACCUGGAUGGAUGAAACGUUGGGCUCCAAAGAGGAGCUAAAGGAGGAGGACAGCAGGCAAGGUACUUUUGGAUUGAUGUCUGGUUUGAAUGAAGAGCACGACAGCAUCGAGGAAGAAGAGGAGGAAGAGGAUGAUGGGGAAAAGCCGAAGAGGAGAGGACCAAAGAAGAAGAAAAUGACCAAGGCGAGGCUGGAGCGGUUCAGGGCCCGGCGGGUGAAGGCCAACGCCCGGGAGCGCACACGGAUGCAUGGUCUGAACGAUGCUCUUGACAACCUGCGGAGGGUGAUGCCCUGCUACUCCAAGACUCAGAAAUUGUCCAAGAUUGAGACACUGAGGCUUGCAAGGAACUACAUCUGGGCUCUCUCUGAGGUGCUCGAGACGGGGCAGACUCCUGAAGGGAAGAGCUUUGUGGAGAUGCUCUGCAAGGGCUUGUCCCAGCCCACCAGCAACCUGGUGGCCGGCUGUCUGCAGCUGGGACCGCAGACCUUGUUCCUGAAGAAGCAUGAAGAGAAGUCCCCAGUGUGUGAAUCGGCCAUAUCCAGCCACUCCUUCAGCUACCAGUCCCCGGGGCUCCCAAGCCCACCCUACGGGACCAUGGAAACCCAUCUGCUGCAUUUAAAGCCUCCGACCUUCAAGAGCUUGGUGGAUGCUUCCUUUGGAAACCAUCCCUCUGACUGCACCACUCCCCCCUAUGAGGGUCCCCUGACGCCGCCCCUGAGCAUCAGCGGGAACUUCUCCUUGAAGCAAGAUGGGUCUCCAGACCUGGAUAAAUCCUACACCUUCAUGGCUCACUAUCCCUCCGUCAGCCUGGCGGGAGCACAUGGACAUGCCUCCCACUUCCAAAACACGGUCCCUCGCUACGAGAUCCCCAUAGACAUGAGCUACGAGUCCUACCCACACCACGUGGCCGGGCCCCAGCUCAACGCCAUCUUCAAUGAGUAGUGAAGAAGAGUUAGACCCAAAUUCUUGACGCAGAGAGAAGUUCAUGGAGCUGUUUCUAGAAUGGACACAACUGGAGUGAGGAAAUCGCUGCCACGGGGUGAAAGACUCGUGAGCAUCUCUGCAGGACAUCCCCGUGGGAGGUUCAGCUGGCUCUUCUGUCCUCUGCCACCAGCUCUGCGCUGGUACCACCCCACUGGUUUCCAAGCUGUCCCCAGGAGCCACGUGAACCCUUCCCUAUGGCUUAACCCUGAGGAGCCACCUCACCAAAAGCUGAGCUGCUGCCUCCUGCUCCCUCUCCCCCAGAGAUGCUCAUGAAGGUGGCUUCACCCUGCAGGACUUUCCGCCUGAAUGCACUCCAGCACUUGGGAUGGUCCAUUGCCAAGAUGUUACGGCUCCUUUUCCUCCCUCCUUGGGGUGGUGGGGUAUGGGCACACCUCUGUCUUGCAUCAGGUGGAGACGAGCCCCUCCUGCCCCUUGGGGUGACCGGUUCCCCUUCCACAGGCUCUGAUGGGUCAUGGUUUUCCCACUUCAGCCAUGGCCAGAUGGGCUGGCAGAGGUGGCAAUGAUCUCGACCACUUGCAGAAGACCGACAUGGUUGCUUCUACUUGAAGCUUCCCACACAAUGGAGAACCUUAUCUUUGCUGCCACCAUAUUGUCCCAUGGUCCAGCCAGGCUCAGAGCUUCUCUGAGAUGGUCCCUUCACCGCUCUCCUCCUGCACUGAGCCUGGUUGCCUGUCCUCUUCUGAGCCUCAGACCUCACACAUGACCCACAACAACCACGAGUUCAUCAGCACACGGCUCCUGAAACCUCGUUAAGGGAGCGUUGAUCUUCCAGAGCACAAAUAUCCCAGCUGGAAGAGGAGCUCUCAGCUGAACCCUGACUAGGACCACAUCUUCUUACGGUCUGUAGUGUCAUUUCUCACCAUCCGUGUCCUGAAGAACAUCCUGCCAAAAGAAUUGUGUCUUAAUUUCCCGUUUUAUUUAUUAUUUACUGUGUGUGUGUGUGUUUGGGGGGGGGUGUCUAAUUUAUUUCCUUCCAUGUUACAUGAAACGUGGGAUGUGCUGAAUAACCUCCUCAUGUUCCAGUUGACUCCCAAGU